UGUGCUCCGACAACGGGAUGGUGUGAAUUUCACGUCGACAGGGAAGCGAAACCAUCCGCAUCCACCAGAACGACUCUUAACUUCAGCCAACUUAACUUGAGCGUUUUCUGGACACCCUGCAUGCUGGAGUUUGGAGCUGAGUCUCGUCAGAUUGCUGUAUAAAGAGGGAGCCUCUUUCAACACCAGGAGGAGGGCCUGUUCACUCACCUUUCUCAUUUUGGAAGCUGCGGGAUAAUACAGCAAUGGCUGGAGGAUCUGCAAUUCCCUUGUUACUUCUUGCAAUAUGUUGCCUAACAUCUGCAGGGCCGUUGUCUCGCAGCCCGUGCGAGUUGCUGCCAGUGGGGAUGGGACACCCCGUUCAGGCCAUGCAGAAGAGCUUCACUGUCCUGUCAGGCUGUGCGAGCAGGGGCACCACUAGCCUCCCUCAGGAGGUCCACAUCAUCAACCUGAGGAGCCAAGCUUCUGAAGGACCGGUGAAAACCCCAGUAGAAGUGGAGCUGCAUCUGAAGCCCAUCCAGUCUUUGCUUCUCCACCAGAAGCCCCUGGUCUUCGUUCUCAACUCCCCGCAACCAGUGAUCUGGAAGAUCAAGACAGAGAAGCUGGCCCAGGGCAUCAAACAUACCUUUCAUGUAUCUGAGGGCUCAGAGGUUCACUUUCAGCCGGGAAACUUCUCUCUCACCUGCCAGAUCCAGAAAGAGACCCUCCCCCAUGGCAAUGAGCACCUCCUCAACUGGGCGCAGAAGAAGUACAGAGCAGUCACCUCUUUCUCUGAGCUCAAGAUGACUCAAGACAUCUACAUCAAAGUCGGAGAAGAUCCUGUGUUUUCGGACACCUGCAAGAUCGACAACAAGUUCCUGUCUCUGAACUACUUGGGCGGCUACGUCGAGCCGCAGGCAUCAAAGGGCUGUGUCCUGUCGGGACCUGACAAAGACCAAGAGGUCCAUAUCAUUGAACUUCAAGCCCCAAAUUCUAGCAGUGCUUUCCAGGUGGAUGUCAUAGUGGAUCUACGGCCUCUCGAGGAUGACGCUCCGCUGCAUCGUGAUGUUGUCUUGCUGCUCAAGUGUGCAAAGUCCGUCAACUGGGUGAUCAAGGCCCACAGUGUGACUGGCAAACUAGAAGUCGUGACCUCCGAUACUGUGGGUUUCAGUACAAACACGGAGAGACUGAUGCGAGUGUCAAAAACCCCCAAGCAGCAGCUGCCCUCAGGGUCACAGGCCUUGAUCAAGUGGGCAGAGGAGCACGGCUUCAGCCCAGUCACCUCUUACACCAGCACUCCUGUGGCUAACCACUUCAGCCUCCGGCUUAGAGAGCCAGAUGUGGUGGAUCCUCUGGAGAGCAUGUUUCCUCCAGAGCUCUCCAUCCUGCGUGACUCCAGCCCGCUCCCAGGUGCAGGAGCGGCUCCACGACGCUCCAGUCUGCCCUUCCCCUUCCACCCACCCAUGGUUCAGGACCUGCCAUACCUGGCACUGCCCUCCUCGCUCGAUGACCGGCCAUGGGAGGGCGGGGAGCCUGAGGAGCAGCAGGGGGUGCUGAACGUUGGCCUCAGUGUACGGUGUGAGGAGACAAAAAUGGUUGUGAGCAUCGACAAAGAAAGCCUGCAGGCCAAUGGAGUUACCCAUGCCAACCUCACUCUCCAAGACCCAGAAUGCAAAGCAACAGUCAAUGCAACCCACUACACACUGGAAACCCCUUUAGCAGGCUGUCAGACCACCAUGUAUCCCAUGCAGUCUAGCUCAGUGGUUGUUUACAUCAACUCUGUCCUGAUAAAUCCUGCUGAUCUUAAGGAUGGGAGUGGCGGGCCGCUGGAUGAUGAGGAUUUGGAGUCUGGAGACCCAGUGCUCCCAAGAGACACAGAGGAGUUAGAGAGGAUGUUUCUGGAGCCCCCAGAGCACCAGCCCUCCAUACUGUUCAAUUGCACGUACCGUAAGAACCAGGAAACCCCAGAACUGGUUCCAAGGAUUGUACCGGCACUGGCCAAGGAACCACGCAAGAAUGUGACGUUCAGUAUGGAGCUGUACAACACAAACCUCUUCCGCUUUCCCCAGAACCUUUACACUGUCACAGAAAACAAGCAAGUCUUUGUGGAGAUCACAGCCUCAACAGCUGAUCCAGAGCUGAGCUUCAUGAUCCAAUCCUGCUUCAUUUCUGUCAACUCAAACAGAAAUGUGGCAUCAGACUACACCCUCAUCGAGAACAUCUGCCCCAAGGACAGCUCUGUCAAGAAGUACCCUAUGGGGGUGUUCCCUAUAACUCGCCCUCAAGUGGAGAGACAGAGGUUUAGCUUCAUUUUCAGCUCAAAGUUGAACACGUCCAUACUCUUCCUGCACUGUGAAAUGUCCCUGUGCUCAAGGAGAAACCAGAACAACAAGAGACUCCCAGUGUGCAUACAACCCAAUGAGACCUGUGAUUCUAUUGGUGUGGAAACUAUCAUGGCUAUGGCGAUGAACCUCGAGACGUCUAUUAAGCCGCUGGUUGUGGUGAAUGAUGAAGGGGAGCCGAGGGAGUCCCCAGUUGCACCUCCACGCAAUACCCCUCAAAGCCCAUCUAAUCCAUCAGGUGAGAACAUCCUGUAUGUCCUGGACACACCAACAGUGGUGGGGAUCGCGUUUGCAGCCUUUGUGAUUGGAGCGCUGCUGACAGGAGCUCUUUGGUUUAUCUACUCACACACAGGUGGGACAGCUGGCACACAGCAGGUCCAGAAGUCCCAGCCUGCGUCGGAGAACAGCAGCGCGGCCCACAGUAUCGGCAGCACACAAAGCACACCCUGUUCCAGCAGCAGCACAGCAUAGCCCAGGGCGGCCCAGUGGGACGCCUACCCCUGCCGGGGCACAGGAAAGGCCAAACAGGUCACAGGGACUGGUUUGUUGACAUUUGCUUCCUUGGAUGAAAGGAAUUAUUUUGGGGGAUGCUUUGUGAUAGGAAGGAAAGAAGUAUGAUUUAAAAAAAAAAAAAAGAAGAAGAAGAAAAAAGCAUAAUAAUACCUUAAGUCCUUGGGUAAAUUCCUCUCGUGGCACUUCAACAGUGGCUUUGGACGUUAUAAAACUACUGUCCUGGUAUUAUUGGAUUGAGGGUGUAACAGCUCUGAGACCCAGCUUGACAGCCGUACCUCAACACUAGUGCCUAACUAAAGCUACAAGAAAAAAAUGUGAGUUUAACACCAGGCAUUUUUUUUCUAAUCCAAAUGCUGUUUUUUUUUUUUUUUGUUUUGUUUUGUUUUGUUUUGUUUUUUUUGUUUUUGGACCACAGCAGAGCCUCUUGUUUUUACCUUAAAUGGUUUGAUUUGGGCAGUAAGUAACUGGCAAGAGUACGCUGAUGGCACAGAACAGCAACAAGGCUAUUUGCUGCGAUAAUGUCAGUAUUAGCAAGUGAGAUGGCGAUGGCUGACCAUGCACUGCACAGCAUGGAGUCAAACACUUUAUAUGUGACAUGUAACCUGAAGGUGGCAAACUAGCAGAGCAACCACUAUUAGCAGUUGGAGGACAGUGCAGUACGAAUGGAAGUCAUCACUGUUAGGAUGCACGGUGAGGCGACAUUGUGUGUUAUAAGAAUCAGUUUCUAUUUUAUAAAGGAUCAGUUAAAGAUGCAGAGCAGUAUAUAUGUUGAAUGUACACAGAAGAUACAGUAAAUAACAAAAAAAAAUGUGAAAGAGAAAUGUGAAAGACUGAUGCUGUUAAACAACAACACAUUUUUUUAAAAUUGUACACAAAGUAAUGGCCGUUCUUUCCGUAAUAAUAGAUUUAUAGACAGAGUGGUCAACAAUAUUUUACCAGUGCAUGUCAUAUUUUCUGUACAUUAGCUACAGUAAUGCAGUUAGUCCUAGGUCUAAACUAAAGUCUAAGUCUCAAGUCCCACUGAUGUUACACAACUUCACAGGGGCAUUAUAGGUUCCCUUUCACCAGAUGAACAGCUGUUGUAAAGAUAUGUACAGUAUUUUUUUUUUGUAUAUACUGUAAAUAAUCCAAAAUGUUAUGAAACAGAAAAGUGCAAAGUUCUAUCUCAUCAGUUUUACUUUUUAUUGUCUUUUUCUCUCUUUUUUCAUAGCGAUAGGAGUCUACAUUGUCAGGCUGCAAUUCAAUUAUUGUCAGCACAGUCCCAGAGCUCUAGUAUUAACACAGUAUGGACUAUAGUGCUGAAUGAAAGUAACAAUUUUUAGAGAAUGAACUACGGUAUUAAUUGGGCAUUGUUUUCAAAUAAUUUUUAGCUGCAUUCUGAAAUCAGGUGCAUAACAUGUAGUAGAAUGCUCCGUAUUAUUUCCUUGGCUUUCUCGUCCCUGUUUGCCUUGUCUUCUCAGUAUAAAUCUGGGCACUAGCAUGUAUUCCUUUAAAAGAAUAAGCUGUAGUCAAAGGCCAUGGUUACGUGCACACGUUUUCAUGUUUUGUCAGUGUGUCUGAUAUGCUAUUUUUCUUGUAAUUGCAACCCUAAUAUUACCCCACCGUCAUGGAAUAAUAUGAAUGUCUAUUAUUGUGCCUUUGUUGAGCCUAUAUGUAGUUUUAUGAGAUGGGGUGUGGGACAAAUUGGGGCUCCUUGGAUUCGAAAAGGGAAUGAUAGGGUUAAUCCUCUUUGUAUGUUUGUACCAUUUUCUUUGUAUGUGUUAAAAAGGUAACAAGAACAGUAGAAUGUAUAUUGUCUCAAAGCUUUUUGAUGUAAACAUGUAUAAAGGUUUCUACAGAGGGAACAGAAUAUAAAUAUAUAUUUGUGUAUAAAAUUAUAUUUUGGAAUAUAUUUGCCAAAAGAAAUUUAUUGUCUUCUAUUUGUGUAUACUGUGAAUUCUGGAUUUACUCAUUGGUAACGCUUUUUUUUUUUUUUUUUUUUUUUUUUUUAAGGGAUUUAUUCAGCCUGUUCAUUACAGCCUUAUUGCUUGUUUCAUGGCAUAUUAAUUAACUAGAUGGCACUCAACAGAACACAUAUCUCCAGGAUGGUCAUAGCUUCCACUAUGCACCAGUCCCAACUUGUUUCACGUCAGGAGAUGCACACAUUUUCAAGGCCUCUUCAAAUUAUAGCCACUUUUAAGCAUUUUAGCUGAUUAUCAUAACACCGCAUCUCCAUUCAUGUCCAUUGGCCAUUAUGAAAAAUUCAGGCAGGUUAUUGUGCGUAUGUCUGAACCAAAAAUGAGCUAUCCAGUGCUCACCGUUUUCUUUUUUCUUUUUUUUAUUCACCCAGUAGUAUAACCUGUCUUUUUUCAUGUUUGCUGAUUGGCACACAAAGUUUGAUGGUGUUACAACAGUGAUGCCUUUUUGUCUGAAUCUAUACCUGCUAUCAUGCUCCUUCUGCCCACAAAGGGGGUAUGAGAAGUUCAUCAGUUCUUUCUUGCCCCAUCAUCAACUCUUCCCACUGAUGCAAGUCCUUCCAUAACUUUUUGGAUUAACUGCCAGCAGACAUACAGACAGACAGACAUAACAGGUGGAAACAUAACUCCCAGCCAGCCAAUCCAUUGGCAAAGGAGGUUAAAAAAAAAAACAAAAAAAAACAAGUUUUAUAAUGGCUAUUACAUCUUCAUGAAAUAUUGAGGCUACUUUCAAAUAAAAAUUAACAUCAGGAAAAUUCACUUUAGAGCACACACUCAGACAAAAACAGAUAAACACCCCCUGUCUUUGACUAUUCGCAAUGCCUAGUAAGCAUUCAUCCAACAUUAUUCUGCCUAAAUUGAACUUCUCCAUUGCAUGUUUCUUAUGUGUGUAAUGAAGUUGUCAUAUUGUUCAUGAAUGAAUGUGCCAUGAAACACAUUAUGAGUCUGGUAUGAACGUGAUAAAUCAAUAACAAAUAAAGCCUUACCUGCUUUUCUACAUGCGCAUGGGAUAAAACAUAUAAUUCUUUGUUUAAAGAAUAUUAGAAUUUGUCAUCUAGUGGUUUUAUUCAUUUCCAACUACUCACUUGCUGUUGAAGUUGUUGCAGAUCGAUUACUACCUUGUAUAAAUUAUUCAUUUACUAAAAUAGUCUCAUAUGAAGUGAAAUGGAGAAUUAGAUGUUAUAUAUAGCAUUGCAAAAUUAAUAUAUUUUGAAUCCAUAUCUUCAUCUUUUAAUUUCAUAUGAAUGAUAAGCUGUAGUGUUGUAUAAUAAAUUUGUACAUUAUCAUGAUAUUACUAAAUGGAUGAAAUUGACUAAAUAACCAUAAUAAGCAACCCAUUAUCAGUUAAGGUCACAUUGCAAAACCCCAGAGCCCCAAGCUAUAGCUGCCAUGCUGACUGACUUCAAGUCCACCUCCAGUUGUGUUUCAGUAAAAAUUUAAUUUGCCUGGGUUAGGGUUAGGUCCCCUGUUAAAGUCCAUUGGAGACGUCUGUUCAGUAAAGCUCAAGUGAUGCAGCACCACCAUGCAGUGUGCUGUUUUUGUCGCAUUCUGGUGGAUUUCAUUUGGAAAACAACAUCACUGUAUCACACUGUAGAUGGACUGUCUCUUGUGAAACAUUCUGUCUCUGGCAGUGUGGACGUAUGCCAUAACCUAUCACCAGCGGUCAUUGUGGGAUUUGGGUUUUUUGACAUUCUUGUAGUUUUGUGGCUUCUCUUAUCGACUGUGGCAUAUUUAUCUACAGUAUAUAAUUAUCCCUUCCACCCACCCCCCUGUUAUGUCAUCCUGUAAAGGGUCUGAGGGUCUCAUGUUACUUUCUGGGUCUAAUCUUUUCAUUUGAGAUAAUUUAUGGGAUAUUAUUUCACUGAAAUCUAUGUAUACUUCUAUGAGAAUUGUGCAAAUGGAGAAAUUCCUCAGUAAAGAAUUGGAGUAGAAGUCCUCUUGCUCUCAUUAUACUUUGCUGCCUGCCCUCUGUUUCAUGCUGGGAUAGGCUCCAGCCACCCUGGGACCCUGAACAGGAAUAAGCGGGUAUAGACCGUGCAUAAAUGAAUAUGCUAUUCUAUCAAUAUGAUUCCCUCAUCAACUGAAAUAAAGAUGCUAAAUCAUACAGUAUAUGCAAAUGACUGGACCAUUGUUACGGUAUAUGUAUGUGCCUUUUGCUUAUUUUACUUUGAGGCAGACAAGAAAAUCAAUACCAAUUUUAUCCCUGUGCAUCCAGUACAAAGAUAUCAACAGGCUGCACAAUUGGCUAAGUGCAACCGUAUUUGUCAAAUAACAUCCAGCAGAUGGACAAAUGGUUAUUUGUAUCACUGCACUUAAAGCAAGUAAGAUCUUAUUUCUAUGUUUUUCUAUGUCAUGUGUCAUAAAAAUGCAAGAUUGCUUCAAUAAUUCACCUUAAGAGAUGCUGGAAGUUUAAUUUUUGCUCAAUUCACAGGAGCGAAGCCAGUAGCUUCCCCCUGUAACCGUGCAUGAAGCCAACUCAGCAUGCGGUCUGUUGCGAUAUUAAUGCAGGAUGCACAGGGAUACAAUUGGCAUCAAUCUUCUUAUCUGACUCUGUGUAAAAUAGACACACAGCAAAUUUCCCAAAAAACCUGGUGUGUUCCUUUAUUGGUAAACUGAAAACAGCUGUGAGCUCAAAUCCAUAUGCCCAGAAAACAGACCUCCAGAUUUAUUGAUUGUACUUCUUAUAUAUAUAUAUAUUUUUUUUUUUUCUCACCAUUUGACUACCUCACUUUUUCUAUAAAUACUGAAUGAAUGUACUUUGUGUACUUUGUGUUUUUGUGUGAAUGAGUAUAUUUUUGUGUUCCUGUGACUGAAAUACAGAAAAGUGAUAUUUAGAUAAUUAUGGAUUACACUGCAGUAAAUUGAGGUGGGCCCCUACAUGUUUUUCUUGCUGUCUUUUCAUUUCUUUCUU